AUGGCGUCGCCACAGCUUGCGAUCGCCAAGGUCUCGUUCUCGGCCGUCCUCCUCCGUCCAGACCCAGUCUCCUGCCCGCGCACCGAGAUCGAUGCGUUCCUCGCCCAGCUCGACGCGACGCUCCUGCGGUGCUCUCCAGCCAAUGUCCAGAAAUGCAAGCAGUGGAUUUUGAGCCACGUAGUGCAGUCCGCCGCGAGGGUAUCGGCCCUGGGCAAAUAUUUGACGGCCUUGUCCGCGUCCUUCAAUGUCGAGGUCGCGGCGAGUAGGCAGGCCCGGGAGCCGUCCUCGAAACGGAAGAGGCUGCAUGUACUCUAUGUGCUCAACGAUGUGCUCUAUCAUACUUGUGUCCGUCAGCGUACGGACACCCUCUCCUCACAGCUGGAGCCGUCUCUGCCCGCUCUGGUCCGACACGCUGCUGUCUUUGCCAACUGUCCGAAGCAUAGCAAGAAAGUGUCUGAUCUCGUCCAUCUUUGGGGAGAAAAGAACUACUUUUCGACAUCGUUUAUCUCCAAGCUACAGGACAUUGUUCUAGAGGCACCAUCUUCAGAUCCCACCGGCGCAAACGAGUUGCCAAGCAAUGGCGCUUCAGCAGGGCCGAGAUCUUCCAGGGAUGCGCCCUUUAUUAUGCCUUCCAUGCACGGCGAUGCAACUGUACCUUGGUACGACUUGCCCGCUGGCAACUGGCUACCUCUUAUCGAGCCCAACUCGACAAGGCCAAUGAACCCGUCCAUGAUCAAGCCUUUGCAAUUCAUGGCAGGCCCUGCAGAGAAGACCUUGGUCAAAGCAGUCCAGCAUUUGCUGGAAGACGUUGACCGAAUUUACGCCAAGGACCAUGGAUUAGGCGAUGACCCCACUGAAGAUAUUGACGAGCUUGGUCAACGGAUCAUUGUCGAUGAAAUCGCUGGCGAUGUCAUGGCUGGCGAGACAUACUACGGCUGGUCGCGCAAUUUCUGUAAGAAGAUGAAGCAGCGGCGCAACAAGGCCAACGGAUCUGAAGACGACCGAGGCCGAAGCCUUUCACGGUCGCGAUCAAGAAGUCUGAGCCGCAGCUCGUCUCGGCCGGCUUUCAAGCGGCGCCGGAUGUCAGGCUCCCAGAGCCCGUAUAGCAGAAGCCGAAGUCGAACCCGAAGCCCGCGUCGACGACGCAGCUACAGCGGAGACAGACGGCGUCGGCGCUCUUACAGUAGCUCUCGAUCCCCUCCACCUAGAGGGGACAGCAGGUACAACCGCCCACGAUCACGAUCACAAUCACGCUCUCGAGAUUAUAGCCCUCCUCCAGCCUUGAAGGGGGAUCCAUUAUCAAAUGGAAGUGGUCAACAGUUUAACUUGCCUAAUCCAAAUCUACCAUUCCCGCCGCUUCCACAGAACGUCCCGGUUCCUUUCGGCAGUGCACCGCCUCGGCCACCCAACUGGCAAGGUCUCUGGCCUCCGCCACCGCCGCCUCCUCCCCCGAUGGCGGGCGGGCCACCAAAUUGGUUGCCACCAUCACUGCCGGGAGGUUGGGGCGCGUCCCCGCUUCCUCCACCGCCGCCGCCACCGGUAACGCAAUUCGAGGACCAGCAGCGCCAGCAUCAAGGGGGCCAGUUUCAGCAAGGGCAUGGAGGACGAGGUGAUUUCAGAGGUGGAAGAGGUGGCUGGAGAGGAAACCGUGGUGGAUGGUGA